AUGGACGUCAGGCACAGAACAAAGGACCAGAGUGAAAAAGAGAAGCCAAGUCUCUCGCAGCAAAGCAGAAACCUCUCGGCACCCCUGGAGCCCACGGGCGGUCAGCUCUCCUCCCAGAAGCGACAGCCGGCACCAGCACGAAGCUGCACGGGGGAAACCGAAGAGACAUCACAAAGGAGGCGAAGUGGGCCAAAUGUCUGCCCAGUGUUUGAGCUGGCACUGGUUGGACACCAGCAGCCAUGUGUUCAAGCCUUCAGUCGUAUGGUGAAGAUGUGGAAACAAGGCUGCACAGGGAGGAGGUGGUGUGUGGGUUAUGAGAGAAGGUCUGGGUACUACACAGUUUACAAGCAGGCAUACAGACUGGAGCGUCAGACUGUCUAUAAGUGCUGCCCUGGAUGGGUCCAACAUGACACUGAGCCUGGUUGUUUGCACUUGCUCUGCACUGUUGGCACUUGCUUCAAUGGAGGGAAAUGUUCUGAAGCAGGAUCCCAGGUGUGCCAGUGUCCUGCAGGAUUUCAGGGUCCUCGCUGCCAGUAUGACAUAAACGAGUGCACCUCUGAGAACGGCGGUUGUCAGGACCAGUGCUGCAACACCAUUGGCAGCUACCACUGCAAGUGUCCAGCAGGCCAGAAACUGGGGGAAGAUGGAAAAUCGUGUGGAGAUGUGGACGAGUGUGCAGUGGUGAAUGGUGGCUGCCAGCAAGGCUGUGUCAACACUCAUGGCUCCUUCCACUGUCAGUGCCAGGCAGGACACAGGCUCCACACUGAUGGACGCACCUGCAUAGACAUUGAUGAGUGUGCAGAAGGGAGAGCCAGGUGUGCUCAUCGUUGUGUGAACACUCUGGGAUCCUUCACCUGCGUCUGUAAUCCUGGCUUCGAGCUGGGGGCUGAUGGAAAGCAGUGCUACCGCAUCGAGAUGGAAAUUGUCGACAGCUGCCAGGACAGCAACGGCGGCUGCUCCCACCGCUGUGAGCACACGUCGGCGGGACCGCGCUGCUCCUGCCACCACGGCUAUCGCCUCCAUGCCGAUGGCAAAACCUGCACGGAGCUGGAUGAGUGUGAGACCGGAGAGUCCUGCUGCUCCCAGUUCUGUGUCAACUACGCGGGCGGCUACGAGUGUGCGUGCAGAGCGGGGUUCCAGCUCGGCGCCGACGGCUGCGCCUGCCAUGAUGUGGAUGAAUGUCAUGUUGAUAAUGGCAACUGCGACCAUUUCUGUGUCAAUUCUCUGGGGUCAUACGAGUGUGCAUGUAAGGAGGGUUACAGGCUUGGUGCUAACAGAUGGUCCUGCAUUGCCCUAGAUGGAGAGGAGGUGGAUGUGGAGGAGGCAACGGGGUUUGCUGGGGCUCCAAGGCUGCAGUUCAGAGGUGCUCCCCAGCUCCUUCACUAUGCGCUUGAUUCCCUCUACAAGGAUGAAGACCCUCGAGGAGAGCUCACCCUGGUGCAUAGGGUUGUUUGCCUUGAUAACACUUUUGGCAAUGACUGCAGCCUGAGCUGUGAGGACUGUCUGAAUGGAGGCAGCUGUAACCCUGAGCGCAGUGGCUGCGUGUGCCCACCUGGGUGGACUGGCAUUACCUGUAAUGAAACUUGUCCCCCCGGGACGUUUGGCAGCGGCUGUGCCAGCGUUUGCCAGUGCCAGAACGGAGGCUCCUGCGAGGCGGUGAGGGGGCAGUGCCGCUGCCCGCCCGGCGUGCACGGCCAGCUCUGCCAGGACGGUUGCCCAAAAGGCCUCUUUGGGAAGAACUGUACCAAACGGUGCAACUGUGCCAACAAUGGCUAUUGCCACAGACUCUACGGAGCCUGCCUGUGUGACCCUGGCCUCUACGGGCGCUUCUGCCAUCUUACCUGUCCCAGGUGGGCCUUUGGAGCUGGCUGCUCUGAGGAGUGUCAGUGUGUGAAAGAGCACACACUGGAAUGCAGUGCCAGGAAUGGGACUUGCACCUGCAAGCCUGGUUAUCAUGGCAAAAAGUGUCAGAAAGUGUGCAUGCCUGGCUUUUAUGGGGCUGGUUGCAAACUGAGGUGCAACUGUCCUCUGGAUGUUUUGUGUGAUCAUGAGACGGGAGCCUGCAAGCAUCCAUGUCCUCCUGGGUUUCAUGGAGAAAAAUGCCAUUUAUCUUGUCAGCCUGGGAGCUUUGGAGUGAACUGCCAGCAGAAGUGCAGGUGUGGAGAAGCACCGUGUGACCCGAAGACAGGGCAGUGUGUUUGUCCAGCUGGGAAGACUGGUGCUAUGUGUGAGCAAGAUUGCCCAGCUGGUUGGUGGGGACCAGACUGCCAGUCCCCCUGCGAGGCCUGUGCCAAUGGGGCCCAGUGCAACAGAGAAACUGGAGCCUGUGACUGUCCCCCUGGCUACACUGGGGCUUCCUGCUCUAUGUCCUGCCCUGAUGGUUACUAUGGACAAAACUGCCUGCUGUUAUGCAGCUGUAGCAGCAGUGGUCAGUGUCACCACAUCACAGGAGAGUGCAUGUGUCCCCCUGGCUGGACUGGCCCCGACUGCAAACACCCCUGCAAUAGUGGCCGCUGGGGACGGCGCUGCGAGAACACGUGUGCCUGCAGUAACAGUGACGGCAGCUGCGACCCCGUCACCGGCUCCUGCUUCUGUGAGCCGGGAUUCACUGGGAAGCACUGCGAACAGAGAUGCCCCGAGGGGAGCUUUGGCCUGAGCUGUGAGUCCAGCUGUCAGUGCCAGAACGGAGCUGCCUGCGACCACGUGAGCGGAGCCUGUACUUGCACAGCGGGCUGGACGGGAACCUUUUGUGGAAGAGCUUGUCCCGAUGGAUUCUUUGGGCUUGACUGCCACCAGGUGUGCAAGUGCAAGAAUGCUGCUGGCUGCGACCACAUCCUGGGAACAUGUCACUGCCUCCCUGGCUGGCUGGGAGAGACCUGCGAACAGCCCUGCCAGGGGGACAGCUAUGGGCCAGGCUGCAGCCACACUUGUCACUGCCACAACGGAGCACUCUGCCACCACAUAACCGGGAUGUGCCUUUGUAGCCCAGGGUGGAAAGGAGCCACCUGCCAAGAAGCCUGUCCUCCUGGGUGGUUUGGUGCAAACUGUCUGCAGCGCUGUGUCUGCCACGGCCAGGCAACGUGUGACCGGGUGACGGGCGAGUGCCAGUGUCCCCAGGGCUGGACAGGGAUAGCGUGUGAGCUGGAGUGUGGGGAUGGGAGACACGGAGAGGGCUGUGAGCAGAACUGCAGCUGCCACCAUGGGGUUUGUGACCAGCACUCGAGGAGAUGCAUCUGCCACGCUGGCUGGACUGGGGACAGCUGUGAUGUUGUUUGUCCCCCAGGAUUUUUUGGCAGGCAUUGUGAGGAGCAAUGUGACUGUGUGCAUGGCAUGUCUUGCCACCAUCAAACUGGAGUGUGUCACUGUGAAAAGGGAUGGCGAGGGAGGCGCUGUGACAAAUCUUGCUUGCCCGGCCGGUACGGCGCGGGCUGUGCCCAGCGGUGCCGCUGUCCCACGGGCGUCCCCUGCCAUCACCUGACGGGACAGUGCAGCUGCCCUGCGGGGUUCACCGGCCUCGGCUGUGAGAAAACUUGUCCACCAGGCACGUAUGGUAAGAACUGUAACCGAGUAUGUCAGUGCUCUGCCGAGAAUGAGGAAUGUCACCCGGUGAGUGGCGCCUGCGCCUGCCGCCCGGGCUUCCACGGGGCCCGCUGCCACCUCCGGUGUCCAAAAGGAACUUAUGGUUCAAACUGCCAAACCCCCUGUAAGUGCAUGAACGGAGGCCACUGCGACCCGGCCUCGGGAGCUUGUGAUUGCGCACCUGGCUUCAUCGGAGCUGACUGUAGUAAAACUUGUCCUGAAAACCGGUACGGGAAGGACUGCACCCUGUUCUGUGCAUGUGGUAAAGGUCAGUGUGACCCACAGACUGGCAAGUGUACCUGUCCUCCUGGCCAAAUGGGACCCAGCUGUCAGCAAGUGUGUCCCCAGGGACGAUAUGGCUCCAACUGCCACCUGACAUGUACCUGUCAGAAUGGUGGCAUCUGUGACCAAGUGGAUGGCAACUGCACCUGUGGGCUGGGCUGGACAGGAAGAUCGUGUGAGAAAGAAUGUCUCCCAGGGAAGUACGGGUCUGGCUGUGGCUUGGACUGCUCCUGCCAACACAACAGCACCUGCGACCGGUUCACGGGCUGCUGCCGCUGCCCCGAGGGCUACUAUGGCCACUCCUGCCAGCACAGGUGUCCCCUUGGAUUUUAUGGGCUGAACUGUCUUCAUGCAUGUGCCUGUAAAAACGGAGCAAGCUGUGAUGCAGUGACAGGACAGUGCUUUUGUCCUCUGGGUUAUCAAGGUGUCUACUGUGAGAAAGGGUGCGACAGGGGCUGGUUUGGAGAAAGGUGCCAGCACCAGUGUGACUGUGGAGAUGCUCCUUGUGAUCCAGAGACUGGGAAGUGCCUUUGCCCACCUGGGAAGACUGGAGACAAAUGUGACAUUGAGUGCAGGUCGGACUGGUAUGGCCCUGACUGCUCCCUGCGGUGCCAGUGUGCCAGCAAAUCCCAGUGCAAUCCAUACAACGGGAACUGUGUCUGCCCAGCCACCUGGAUGGGGCCAACCUGCAAAGAAGGUGGCCCUCCAAAGCUUCCUUUUUAUGAAGAACAAACUCAAGAAAGAGGGAAUAUUUUUCCAAGAGCUCUAGAACAGUAACAUUUGGACUAAUAAAUGAACUGUUUUAUAUGCACAGACGGUAUUUGAACUUGGAUAUGAAAACAGCUAUUCAAUUCAGCUUGAAUUGUACUGAAGUAUUCACACUUCUUAUGGAAGACUAGAGAGGCCAUUUAGUAUCUGGAUCCUUUUAAAAAGUUGAAUCUGUUUCAUGUAUUUAUUCAUUGCCUCUUAACCCUCCAGUAAUCUGCUCUGGACAUUCUUUCUGAUAUACAAUUAAUUAUUUGAAAGCAUGAACAUGUUUUUAAUAAGACCAGCUCCAAAGAGUAUCAGGAAAAGCAGCACAUAAGGUGUCAACGUCCAGUGAGCCACACCAUGUAUAAGUGACUUUCUAAACUUGCUUGACAACCAGUGUGAAGUUUAAUGAGCAUUUCACAGAUGAUGAAGCCAAUAUGAAUUCACUGCCAAAUCACAUUGCACAGAAACUAGUAGAAUUCACCAAAUUAAUUCCUCUUUCAAUAAUGUUUUGUGUUCUAGAAAAGCAUUCAGUCUAGUUUUAAACUUGCAACUGAAGAAGAAUCCACCACAGUGCUCGAUAAGUUAGUUAAUUUAAGAAUAUGUACUGCAUUUCUAGUGUGGAUUGAUUGGAUGUUCUCCAUCUAUUCCUUGCUUAUGUCUGAAUCCAUCUUCCAAAGAUCAGGGUGUCAUCUGUCAGACUCUUCUGGUUUUCUGCAUUCUCCCAUCUUGUCACUUGAGUUUCUCAAUGGUUUGUCAAGUCAAACAGUUCUCACCAAACAGUACCUUUUAAUGCAAAAAAGAGUUUUAUCUUGGAUGGAGAAAGAAUAGGUUUUUAGAGAUAAACUCUGUGUUCUUCAUAUAAAGGAUCAUACUGUGCUUUUACUGCACAGUGGUUUGGUUAGGUCAGCUUUAAAAAGUCCUGAUACCAUUCAACAGCUGCUGUUGGUCACUUAAUGGAAAAGAGACAUUUUGGUGCUAUUUCCUCUGUUUACACAGGUUGUUCUUCAAUAUAGGACUAUGUCAUUAUAAAGAAAUACUGUUCUCUAUUUUAAUAUUCUGAGAUAACUAGUCUAAAUGAUUUCAGAGUGCCUUUUUAUACCUCUCUUUAUGUUAGGAGUUACAAAAUCUAUCUAGUAACCUCUUGAUUCUGACUAUAUCAAAGGUGCACUUAUUAAAGGGGGUCAGGACCAUGAGCUCAGUAGACAUGGUAGUACAGGCAGUUCCAGGUCUGGUGUUCAUGGUGCCAUUCACAUACCAGCACACAUUGCAACUCUGCAGGAGAAGAUUUUUGUCUUAGAAGAGACAAAGUUAAAAUAAUUGAUGAUGCUAACUUGUGAUUUUUAAAGAUGCUUGUUGUGUGAUUGGAUAAUGAGUAGGUGAAGUAACAGUUUUACCCCAUGGUUCACCUCAGGUCUUAAACACGUAUCCCAGCAGGGCUUUUCUGUCAGCUGGGACAUUUUAAAUGUUCAUUUGAAGACAUGAUGGCCUAGGUUUGAUCCUACAAUUAUGCACUUGGGGCAGCUUUACUGAACUGGAACUGAUAAGCUAAAUCUCGUAUGAGACAGUUAGAUAUAAUCUUAGCAGCUGCUGGAGAAGACCAAUCCAAGUUAAGCAAUUGACAUGUUUUGCUCUUAACUAUGUGUUUACCACAGAGCCAAACUACAGUAGUAAUGCAAGCAUCACAUUGCAUUCAAGAUUUUUCCUAGAAUCAUGGAGUAAGUUAAGUUGUAAGAGACCUUUGGAGGUCCAGGCUUCUCUUCAGAGCCUGAUCAUUUUCAAAGUUAAAUGGGGUUGCUCAGAGAUUGAUCCAGUUGACUUCUGAUUAUCUCCAAGGAUCAAGAUCCCACCACCUCUUUGAGCCCCUGUCCCAGUGAAUAUUUCAUGCUCACAAUUUUUUUUCCUGGUUUCUAAUCAGAAUUUCCAGUUUCAACCUUGGCCUGCUGCUUUUCUCAUCUCUCAGUGUGCAUCUCUGAGAAGUGUUUGGCUUCAUCUCAUCUACAGCCCCCAUGGGGCAGUUGAAGGCAGCAGUAAUACCUCGCCUUGGUCUUCUUUUCUGAAGAAUGAGCAAACUGCUUCCUCAGACCCAACUGCAUCACCCCCCAUUGCCUUGGUGACCCUUCCAGUAACUCAGACAUUCCAGUUUAGGGAGAGGUGCCCAGUGCCUGGUAUGGGCACUCGGCAGCUAAUGCAUAAAACCCAAGAACUUCCUUUUUUCUUUCUGCAAUUUAUAAAAUGUACUGUUUUCUUCUUAUCUGUGUUUCCUGAUAUGUGAUUCGAGAAGCUAAUCAAAGGGGAAACCUUUCUCAAGCCAUACUAUUUACACUUGUUUACAUUUUCCUCGGUACCUUGAUAAUAGAAUUGUAAAUAUGUAGUAUAAAGGAAAUAAAAGAUUUUUGUAUUAAGUAUUUUCUAAAGACUGUCACGAUUUUAGGUACAUGAUGAAACACGUAUUUUAAGUGACUGAUACUGAGCCUGGGCCAAUGAAUUAGAGGCCCAAGUAGAUCUGCCAGGGAAAUAUUGCAGCAAACCUUUUUUUUAAAAUCAGAAGAUGCCAAUUCAUACAAAACCAUUCACAUGCAAUAGUCUUUUUUUUAUUAUUAUUCAUUCCUCCUUAAAAAACUUCUUAGCUUCUUAUGUUAUUGCCUUGGGAAAGAAGUUCACUUCGGUGCCAUUAAACAGAUCAUUCUGAUUUGAGGCUUGAUACGACUUUUUGUUCCAAAUGAAGCACCAUCAUACAAAGGUAAAAAUCAAAAUUAAAGAUUUAAAAACUUCUAGAAGAUGAACUUUGAUUGGGGUAGUUUUGAAUGUCCUUUCCUGGUUUUCUAUUUGUGAAGGUUUUCACCGUUUUCACAAGGCAGGGAAAAUGUUUACAGGAUGUUGUUUUCUAGAAGAGCCAAAACUUUUCAUCAUUAGCUAAUAAUUGAGGAAGUUUAUUUGCUUGUGGUGUCAUUAGUAUGUUUUGAUUCUGCUCCUUACUGCAGAUUAACAAAUUUACUUAAGUCUGUGUCUAGUCUUUAUUAGACAGUAUGGAGACUUUUUUAAUUGAAAAAAUACUAAAUUAGCUUUUCCAUAGAUAAAUUUUGCAGCAAGUGAGUGUCAUUGCUGCUAGGAAAAUGUGGCUCUGCUUGUUUGCUUCAUUAGAUUCCAGUGAAAGACUGUCAGGCUGGUACUGUCCUGAACACAGCACCUGGAGCUUGUUGAAAAUGAAAGUGAAAACUUCAGUGAAAAUGGUUUUUAUAUUUAAAUUUAUGUUCCUCUUCCACUUGGUCAAUGCCUUUCUUGGCUCCCCAUUUCCCAAAAGGCUCAAGUUAAUUAUGCUUUCUUGAAAAGAGCACUCUGUGUAUUCUGCUGUAACACACUUGCACGCACAGAUAACUCCUUUCAGGAAGACAUUUAAAUCAUUUCGACCAUGCAGUUCCUGUGCCAAAUCCCCCUCUUACCUUGUUGUGUAUUCCAGAUAACUUCAGUUUGAGAAGAGUGGAAAUGAGUGCAACUCACUGGGUCCAGCAGAAUCUUACUCAAUGUGAGUUUAUGAAACCAGAACAACAUGUUUUAAGUUAGACUGCAGUAUUCAUAACACUAUCCUCAUAGGAGAACAAUCAGAAUUUUAAAAAUUCCCUGCUUCCCCUGCCAAAAAUUAUUAUUCUGCUUUUAUCCUUUGUAUGUUGAAGAACCAUAGCUAUUAGUUUGCCCAGAUUUCUUGCCAACUGUAUUAUUUUGAUUGGCUGCAGGUUUCUGUUUGUGUAAGUAAUAACCAUUGCAGUAUCAGGAGUUGCCAACGGGGCAAACAUGGAAAUUGUACCUUUAUGUCCUUCCCAGAAGAGCCAAAGACACAUUUUUAAGCCAUUGUGGCUUCAAACUGUUGACUUAACAGUGACAAAUAGCAUUUCUGUUAGAAUUUAGCUUCUUACCAGAGCAAAGUAAAGCUUAGGAAGGGUCCUUGAGAGAGUCUGUGGACCGGGAACCCACCAUCCUCCCAUCCCUGUGUUAAUUUUUUUUAUAUAUAUUUAGGUCACAAACCUUCUCAGCCUCCAGUUCUUGAAGGACUUUUCCCACACGUUGACCUGUGGCUGACAAGAGCAGCUCUAUGCAUGAGCUGAAACUGUGCCCAGGUAAUUCUUUUGUGGGGUCAAAGCUUUAAAUUCUAACUCUGUGUAAAGCAAUUUCCAGCAGUAAACACCGAAUCUUACACUUGCAGAGCAUAAAUUGUUUAUUCUGUUCUUUUUAUUGCUUUUAAUAAGCACUUGCAUAGCAAUAUUAUUUCCUUGUGAAUUUGUAACCCCUCUUCAAAGAGUAUGUGGGAUGUAUCUCAAAACUGUGCUGUACUUUGUUGUACACUUACUCUAGUGGAAGGUGCUGAUUUUCUUAUAUAAACGUGCCAUUAAA